AUGGAUCCCGCUACGAAGAAAUUAUUAUUCCUACUGCUGGAAAAACGAAACCGUGGUGGUGGUCGUGGCCGUGGUGGUGGUCGUGGCCGUGGUGGUGGUCGUGGCCGUGGUGGUGGUCGUGCCCGUGGUGGUGGUCGUUGGCGUGGUGGUGGACAAACAGCUGGUCGCGGUGGACGCGCUUUUCAUGGUGGUGGCUAUGAGUUGUCUCAAGAACAAUAUCCUCAGCAGCAACAAUGGCCCCAAGAGCAACCAUGUCCCCUACAGCAACAAUGGCCCCAACAACAACAGCAAUUGUCCCAACAACAACAACAGCAAUUGUCCCAACAACAAUGGCCCCAACAACAACAGCAAUUGUCCCAACAACAACAACAACAAUGGUGGCAACAACAACAGUGGUACCAACAGCAGCAAUGGUAUCAACAGCAACAAUGGCCCCAACAAUUGACAUUUGAUGGGCCGCCACAGCCACAAUAUCCGCUACAGCAACAACCAUUUGAUGGGCCACCACAGCAGCCGCCGCAAUAUAUGCUACAGCAGCAACCGCGGCAACAACUUAUUGCUUUACAAUGGCCCCCCCAACAAUUGUUGGAGCAACAACCGCCGUCGUUAUUUGAAGGGCCACCACAGCAGCUACAGCAACAAUCGCUGCCGCCGAUUAACGAACCGCCGCAACGACCACUGAAGCAACAAGCAUUGGAUAAACAACAGCCCCAGGGGCAACAAGAUCCGAAGCCCCAGCAACAGCACGAGCCAGACCCGGAGCCCCAGCAACAAAAAGAGCCGGAUCCGGAGCCCCAGGAAUUACAAGAGGCGGAUCCGGAGCCCCAGGAACUACAAGAGCCAGAUCCGAAGCCCCAGGAACUACAAAUUUAA